AUGGCAAGUCCUCUUAAGCUCAGUCCUUCCAUAAAGGAGCUGCGCUUUCUGUUUUCUCCGUUGGGGACCUCAAGCAAAGGCCUUAAGUGGGUUCAUGUUUAGUAUCCACUUGUGGAUGCUUAUUUUAUCUUUGAUAUAUUUGUUCCUCGCUGAUUGGCAAUCAGUGUGCACUAGUUACUAAACCAUUCAGCCCCCACCACUCUUCCCAGUGGUCGCCACAUUCUGCUGCUACAUUAAUGCAUACGUCUUUAUAUUCGUGUGAAACUCCAGACCAGUUUCCACAGCCAUACAUUAUUUGACUAGAAAGUCAAGUGCAAUCUAAGUCCGAGAAAUGGCGAUGCUAGCUGUCGACGGGUGUAUUGGAUUUGUCGCCGAAUUCUACAAAAGCUAACUUGGCAGCCUUGUUAGUAGACGAGGUAUUUUUAUCGGUUUAUGAUCACGGGGACUGUUGACCAUGUUAGUUUGAGAAGGUUCCCCCUCCAGAAAUUUCUGCUUCAAUAUUUUUGUUUUUACUGAUGAAAAGAAUGAGCCGAUUUCCAUCUCUCUGUCAUGAAUCGUCGCCCAUAAGGGGCUGCAAUGCGUGUCAUUAUCGAGGCUGGCUAGAUCAGGUGGAAUCGUAGCUGUACAGCAUGGAUGGCUCUUAAGUGAUUCCCUGCCACGCGCGUCCUUCGCACCCCUCUGGGCCCUCGUGGCGGAUAUCUGACAAUAGGGACCGGACUUCUCAGACCGCCAUUUACUCCUUGUAUUUCGCGGCUUAAGAUCACAAAUCCAAACAGUAAGUCGAUAAGUUCCAGUUUGUUGGUGAGAAUCAGACAAAAGUUCCGAAAAACGGUCUGUUACCAGAGCGCAGAAAUCCAGACGACUACGGUCGUUGGUUCGAUGCAGAUAAAAUCAGGGAAAAGCUAGCGGUUCCUUCGUUGGAUAUGUUCAUCCCGACUGUUUACAUUCUAUCAAUUGUGACUCCUGCCAACUUCCCGCGCCAGUCUUGCCAUCGACUCCCUUGUCUGGACUCAUACGUUUCUUUGUAUAUGCUUUACUUCAUCAUAUCUUAACAUAGCCGAGUGAGGUGACUUGAAUUCAUAAAGUUACCACUGUUAACACGGUUUGCCGAUAAUUUUUCAAAGUAGCCGCUCUUUGACAACAAGUCGACAAGAUCCCUUACUUUUAAUCCCUCAUUAUGACUCCUUCCGUUGCCUUGCCUUCUGUAUCAUCAUUGCUUCGGACUUUGUUUAUAGGUGGCUCAGGAGCGUACUUUGCGGGGUGGCAGGAGUUUUUGGUACAGGGCGGUUUCGAGCGGCCACCCGACAUGUCCCUUUGAGGUCAUUUCUGCAGAUUAAUGUGAUAUAACCCGCCUGUAAGGUGCCGAUGCACGGUGAUCUCCACGCCACCGUACUACCCUGCAUACAUAAUCUUUCGCCUACUCGCUGACUCUCCAGCCUGGCCCUUAACCAGUGUUGCAGUGUCACUAUUACACGGCCAGCCCUUCCUCGUACGUCAGUCUUCCCUCUGACUUGGCCCGUAGUCGUUCCUCCUCUUUAAGAGGGAUCUGUCGUAGACCCACUACUCGGGCUGUAGCUAGGCUGCCCAAAAAGCCCUAUCCCGGGUUUCCAGCUACAUCAGUCGUGUCCCGUCCCACCUAAUUAUGUGUAAAUUUGAGACAUUCAAUUGGUAUUAGAAUGUUGUUUGCGUCCAGAAUGUCUUGUCGGAUUUUGCAUCCUCAAAGUCUACUUCUUUCUGCUCACUAGCUGAUGGAUACAGGUCCUCAAGUCGUACACAUGAAGCUUUUGUCCCAAUAAUUAUCUUAAGAAUGCCUAAAUGAGGAACGUUUCUCGCUAGGAUACCCUUAUCCGUACUAUUUUGGGCUCGCUUACUUUCGAUAGAACCGGCAGAGCAACAGUCGUGACAUCAUUAACGAGUGGGACUGUGGUAUGAGGCUCCGCACUUAAAAGCAUUAAAAUAACUUAUUAAAACGUCCCCAAAACAACUAGGUUCGUCUGUGUUUCCUUCCGAUAUGCGUUUAUUAUGUGAGCCGUAUUCAGGCAUUCCAGCUUAUGUACACUGUUAUAUCAGACUGAAGUCAGGCAGAUAUAAGUGGAAAAUACACUAAGACGAAGAACGAUCGUACCAAUUUAACGGCCACACAGCCGGCACUCGUGACUGGGCCUAGGAAGGGUUUUGGGUAUUAAGUUGGGCUCUUGCUGGAGUCGCACGGGAGUGCAUCCACUCUCCUUCCUUUACGCUUCUACGUUGUUUCGCGCACCGCAGGCAGUGUUCUUUUCUUGGUCUGUAUAGUUCUCUGCCACACUACUAUACAACAAGUAAUCGCACCAUAGUGAUUUCCGAAUUUUACUUACCUUUUAGGACUACCAAAGAUUGCAUGUCCGACUGACAUGAUUAACCCACUUAUUUUUAGGGAAUUUAUAUUAUCAGGUUACGCCGGACUAAGAAAAGCUAACCCCGAUGUGAAAUUUAUGAUUCGCGAAGGCAAUUCUGUCAGCCCAAGCAUCUACGCCCGCUACGGUUAGUCAAGUUUGUUGUUUUUUCUGAUUGCUGCUAGAAUUCGGGAAGGAGGCGGCGGUGCGAGUGGACAAUGCAUCCAAAAGCGAGAUAAUGGAGAAGAUCAAGAAGUUUUGCCAUUAG